AUGAAGACAGCGCAUGUGAAAGGUGUCAAGUUGAUUUAUGUGCUUGUGUCUGUUCACAUCUAUCCAUCUAUCUAUCUAUCUCAGUCUGUUCACAUCUAUCCAUCUAUCUAUCUAUCUCAGUCUGUUCACAUCUAUCCAUCUAUCUAUCUAUCUCAGUCUGUUCACAUCUAUCCAUCUAUCUAUCUAUCUCAGUCUGUUCACAUCUAUCCAUCUAUCUAUCUAUCUCAGUCUGUUCACAUCUAUCCAUCUAUCUAUCUAUCUCAGUCUGUUCACAUCUAUCCAUCUAUCUCAGUCUGUUCACAUCUAUCCAUCUAUCUCAGUCUGUUCACAUCUAUCCAUCUAUCUCAGUCUGUUCACAUCUAUCCAUCUAUCUCAGUCUGUUCACAUCUAUCCAUCUAUCUAUCUCAGUCUGUUCACAUCUAUCCAUCCAUCUAUCUCAGUCUGUUCAUCAUCCAUCUCCAUCUAUCUCAGUCUGUUCAUCUAUCCAUCUAUCUCAGUCUGUUCAGUCUAUUCCAUCUAUCCAUCUAUCUAUCUCCAUCAGUCUGUUCACAUCUAUCCAUCUAUCUAUCUAUCUCAGUCUGUUCACAUCUAUCCAUCUAUCUAUCUAUCUCAGUCUGUUCACAUCUAUCCAUCUAUCUAUCUAUCUCAGUCUGUUCACAUCUAUCCAUCUAUCUAUCUAUCUCAGUCUGUUCACAUCUAUCCAUCUAUCUAUCUAUCUCAGUCUGUUCAUCUAUCUAUCCAUCUAUCUAUCUAUCUCAUCUAUUCAUCUAUCCAUCUAUUCUCUGUUCAUCUAUCUAUCUCUAUUCAUCUAUCCAUCUAUCUCAGUCUGUUCAUCUAUCCAUCUAUCUAUCUAUCUCCAUCUAUCUCAGUCUGUUCACAUCCAUCUAUCUAUCUCUAUCCAUCUAUCUAUCUCUGUUCAUCUAUCUAUCCAUCUAUCUAUCUAUCUCAGUCUGUUCACAUCUAUCCAUCUAUCUAUCUAUCUCAGUCUGUUCAUCUAUCUAUCUAUCAUCUCUAUCCAUCUAUCUAUCUAUCUCAGUCUGUUCAAUCCAUCUAUCCAUCUAUCUAUCUCAUCUCAGUCUGUCUGUCAUAUCUAUCUAUCCAUCUAUCUCAGUCUGUUCAUCAUCCAUCCAUCUCAGUCUGUUCAUCUAUCCAUCUAUCAUUCUAUCUCAUCUAUUCCAUCUAUCCCAUCUAUCUCAGUCUGUUCACAUCUAUCCAUCCAUCUAUCUCAGUCUGUUCACAUCUAUCCAUCCAUCUAUCUCAGUCUGUUCACAUCUAUCCAUCUAUCUGUCACAUCUAUCCAUCAUCUGUUCAUCUAUCCAUCUCAUCUGUUCACAUCUAUCCAUCCAUCUCUCAGUCUGUUCAUCCAUCCAUCCAUCCAUCUAUCUCAUCCUCCAUCAUCCAUCUAUCCAUCCAUCUAUCUCUAUCUCUAUCUAUCCAUCCAUCCAUCUAUCUCAUCUGUUCCAUCCAUCCAUCCAUCUAUCUCAGUCUGUUCACAUCAUCCAUCCAUCCAUCUCAUCUAUCCAUCCAUCUAUCUCAUCUGUUCAUCUAUCCAUCAUCCAUCUAUCUCAGUCUGUUCAUCAUCUAUCCAUCCAUAUCUCAUCUGUUCACAUCUAUCCAUCUAUCCAUCACAUCUAUCCAUCCAUCUGUCCAUCCAUCCAUCAUCUAUCCAUCUAUCUCAGUCUGUUCACAUCUAUCCAUCUAUCUCAGUCUGUUCAUCUAUCUAUCCAUCUAUCUCAGUCUGUUCAUCUAUCCAUCUAUCUAUCUGUUCCAUCCAUCUAUCAUCUCAUCUGUUCAUCAUCUAUCCAUCUAUCUCAGUCUGUUCAUAUCUAUCUAUCCAUCUAUCUCAGUCUGUUCAUCAUCUAUCCAUCUAUCUCAGUCUGUUCAUCAUCUCUAUCCAUCUAUCUCAGUCUGUUCACAUCUAUCCAUCUAUCUCAGUCUGUUCACAUCUAUCCAUCUAUCUAUCCAUCUCAUCUGUUCACAUCUAUCCAUCUAUCUAUCCAUCUCAGUCUGUUCACAUCUAUCCAUCUAUCUAUCCAUCUCAGUCUGUUCACAUCUAUCCAUCUAUCUAUCUCAGUCUGUUCACAUCUAUCCAUCUAUCCAUCUCAGUCUGUUCACAUCUAUCCAUCUAUCUCAGUCUGUUCACAUCUAUCCAUCUAUCUCAGUCUGUUCACAUCUAUCCAUCUAUCUCAGUCUGUUCACAUCUAUCCAUCUAUCUCAGUCUGUUCACAUCUAUCCAUCCAUCUGUCUCAGUCUGUUCACAUAUAUCUAUCUGUCUCAGUCUGUUCACAUCUAUCUAUCUAUCUAUCUAUCUAUCUCACUAACUCUCACUGCUUUAAUAUCUCAGUCUCUCUCUCUUUAAUGAUCUCUCCCUUUUAUUGUAUUUUAGCCUCUAUCUCUUUGUUUUUAUGCCCUUCUAUUUAUUCUUUCCGAAGUGAACUUUAUUCUAAACGCUUCGGCUUACAGUCUCUCUUUAGUGGUCCCUAUCACUCUCUCUAA